AUGGCCCCUGACAGACGCAGCAUCGGAAUCACAGAGGAUAAACCGACACAUAAGAUGGCAGAUGCACUCACUUACCACAGCCAAGUAAAGCACCUAACCGCCCAAAGCAGAAUGGAGUCCCAGGAGAGCCUGACGACAAAGCUGGAUGCUGUUCUGCAGGCCUUCUGGGCGAAGCUGUCAGCGAGAGCGGCAAACCCCAAACGGGACCCCCAGGCACAAGACCAGAAGCAGAAAGCACAAAAUGGGCGCGGAUCGCAAGGCAGCAUCCAGAAAGGCCCAGCACCCGUUUCAAGCGACACCCGCCAGCAGUUCCGGAGGAGAAUAGAGGCAAGGAGGCAAGAGCCGUCCAUACCCGCUCCCAAGUUACGACCGACAGGCGGAGCCGUGGCGAGGCGUCCUGCUCCCAAGCGGAGGAUCAAGUGGCUACAAAUACCAACCCAUAGCAGAAAAGAAACCUGUUUAAAUCCACAAAGUUCUGUAGAGAAGUUCCCUGAAAGAACAGUGCUUGCUGGUUCAGCUACUUUUGGUGAAAAGCAGAGAGAUAAUAUGAAAUAUAAAAAAAAAGAAAAGAAGCUUCAAAAAGAAAAUAUAACCACAGCAGUGUGUGCUCUUUUAAAUUCUGGAGGAGGCUUGGUGCGGGUGCAGAUUGAAAAUGAAGAUUUUGAUCACCGUCUAGAUACUUUAGGAUUAGAUAUUGAAAAAUCUCUGGAUGAACUUAUUUCUAAUACCACGUCAAAGGAUUACUUUGACAUAACUCAAGAUGGAUUGUAUCUAAAUAUUUUUGUUAAGUCCUGGACCACCAAAAAAAAUGUAUCAAGGAUAUGUUCUGUGGAUACAAGUUUGUACUUUCGAUCAUUUACUUCUAAAAAGAAGGCAAGCCCUAUGCAAGUGAUGGAAAUGAUGGAGAAAAAAUCAAAGGGGAAACGAGCACGUUUUGAUCAAGCACUUUUUUUUACAGAACAAAUAAAUGAAUUGCUUGAUAGACAAUAUUUUAAUUUAAAUGAAAAAUUGCAAUUAUCAGAAUCAAGUUAUAUGGAAUUAAAAGAUUUUUCUGGUGCAAGUGAUAAAGUGAGAAUACAGGAAGUAAUUCCUGAUUAUUUUUCCGCAUUUGCAAACUCUGAUGGAGGAUGCUUGAUUAUUGGUGUAGAUAACGAUGCAAAAGUAAAAGGUUGCUGUUCACAACGCAAUGAAUCAGAAACCAAACACUUGGUGGAAGAAAGAAUAGAGAAACUAAAAAUAAGCCAUUUUGAUAAGUGCGGUGACAAACGUGCUCCCUCUUAUAAGCUUACUAUUACAAAUGUCUUUGAUGAUCAAAACAAACAUUCAGGCUUUGUGAUUAUUUUGAAAAUCGAGCCAUUUUGUUGCUUAAUCUUUGCUGAUGACCCUCAGUCAUGGAUAAUGAAUUCUGACUCUUUUGUCUCUCAUAUCGAAGAUCUUGAACAACUAAACCCAUCAGACUGGAUUAAAAUGAUGAGCACCAAGGAUACAGCUCCAUCACUUGAGUCGCAGUUCCAACAAGUGAGUCUUUCUGACAGACCUCCUCUUACAAAACCUGUGUACAUAAAGUCAGGACAUGAAUCCUUGGAGACUGUGCAGAGAAACCUCUUUGGUGAUAUUGUAAAGGAGAUAACUGUCAAACCCGAAAAGCUAUAUACACAGCUUUGUAAUGAAAAUCCAGAGGUGAAGGAUAUAAUCGAGAAAUGGCUCCCAAAAGAAAAGGGUUUGCUCAUUCUUUCAAGAAGCUGGGCUGUGGAUAUUGGUCUGAACAGUGAUCCCAAUGUUGUUUUUGAUGCUUUGUUAAUAGCAACCAACAGACAUCCAAAACUGUAUACAGUAUUCAAAAAAGAGAUUUCCUACGCAGAGCUUACCUAUUCAAGAUUAACAGCAUUAAGAAUAAAGCUAAAACUUGUAAUUGAUGGAGGUUACACUGGAAAAUUAUGUGUUCUACCUAAACCUCUUUCUUUAGAGAAGGAAAAUAAUCAUCCACAAGUUUGUAUGGGAAAACUCUCCUAUCCUCCAGAGUACAAAUUGGAUAAUGUAGAUGCCGUUGAAGAAUUGUUGCGCUCAAUUCUCAUUGUCCUGCUUCGAUUUCAAUCUGUUUUGAGUGACCAUGCAGGAAUGGAGGUUUUUAAACUUCUCACGACUGAUCAGUAUCAACUGCUGUCAGAUACUUUGCUUGACACAAGGCAUUUAUUUGUGCAUGGACUACCAGGUUCUGGGAAAACUGUGGUUGCUGUGAAGAUAAUGGAGAAAAUUAGAAACCUGUUUCAUUGUUCAAAAGAAGAUAUUCUCUAUAUUUGUGAGAACAAUCCUUUAAGGGACUACAUCAGGCAACUAAACAUUUGUACACCUAUGACACGAACAGUGUUUAUGAAGGAGGAACAUUUUCGGGUAAAACACAUCAUAAUUGAUGAAGCUCAGAGUUUUCGAACAGCGGAUGGGGAUUGGUACAGAAAGGCAAAAAACAUUUUUAAGAAUGCUGGUGAAACAAGUAUUUUUUGGAUUUUCAUGGACUAUUUUCAAGCAAACCAUCCUUAUAAAACUGGUCUUCCAGAUCUAGCCAAUCAAAACAAGGCAUACCUCACUAAAAUUAUCCGAAAUGCUAUCAGUAUCUAUAAUUAUAUGUUGGAUCCUAUGGAAAAAAUUGCUUCUAAUAAGAGUUUUUUAAAAAACCUAAAGAGUAAAUGUGAAUGUUCUCACCCAAUUCAAGGUGUCUUGAAUGUCGAACAUAAUCUUGAUGAGAGGCAGAUUAUUGGUUAUGUUGUAAAAACCUGCAGUGAAUAUAUCCAUACUGGUUAUUCACCAGGAGAUAUUGCUAUUUUGUGCGACACAGAAUACAAUGCAAGGGACUUCAAACAAAAGCUGCGACUAGCAAUGAGAAAGUUAAGAUUAACUUUAGUAGAUGCAAACUCAAUUCUGAAAAAUCAGGUGAUUAUAGAUAGUGUGCUCCGUUUUUCUGGCCUUGAACGUCCUAUUGUAAUUGCCAUUAAUCCCGUUCCUGUACAGAGUGAAGUAAUGGAAAACAUUUUGCUUUGUGCUGCAUCAAGAGCAUCCACACAGCUUCAUGUUUUGUUUAAAGAAAACAAGCCUUAGGUAAUGUACCACAAAAGGUAAUUUACAUUUAAAAGGGCACUUAAGCGCCAUAACCACAACAGCUCGUUGUAGUAGUUACAGUACUAUAAGUCUG